GCUCGUUCUCUCUCACUUCCGUUCUCCGCUGCCGCUCGGUGAUACAGAAGAGGGAAUUAGAAAGUAAAGAAAUUUGAACCACUUCCAUCCUCGCCUGGUGUUUGAGGAUGAAUACGGUUUUAUCGAGGGCCAAUUCUCUGUUCGCCUUCUCCCUCAGCGUCAUGGCGGCGCUGACGUUCGGCUGUUUCAUCACGACAGCUUUCAAAGACAGAAGAGUUCCUGUGGACAUCCAUGUCUCCAGAGUCCUGCUGAAGAAUGUAGAUGACUUUACAGGACCGAGGGAGCGCAGUGACCUGGGAUUCAUCACCUUUGACCUCUCGGCUGAUCUGCAGCCAAUUUUUGACUGGAACGUCAAGCAGCUCUUCCUGUACCUGUCUGCGGAGUACGCUACCAAGAGCAACGCUCUGAACCAGAUCGUCCUGUGGGACAAGAUCGUCCGGCGAGGGGAGAGCACCAGACUGACCCUGAGAGACAUGAAGUCAAAGUAUUUCUUCUUCGACGACGGCAACGGAUUAAGGGCAAACAAGAACGUCACGCUAACGCUGUCGUGGAACAUCGUCCCCAACGCUGGAAUACUGCCCCUGGUGGUCGGAACGGGACACAUCAGCCUGCCUUUCCCGGACACAUAUGAGAACACCAAGACUUACUAGACAGGCAGGAGGACGGGUACCACGGGCACACGGGAAGAACGCGGCUACACAUGCAGAUAGAAACACACACAGUCACACAGUCACACAGUCACACUAGUAGACAAUCAGGAACAGUUAAUUGUCGUUUCUGUUGUGUACAUCAUACACAAAAUAAGCGAAAUUUGGUGUCCCCGCAGCAGCGCAACACAACAGAAAAGGCAAGCAGAGAAACAGAAAAAAUACACAACCAGACACAGACACAUACUCAACACACAUUCACACAGAUGGAACGGACAAACACACACACACAAUAAGGACACACACAAACACGACUCUUUGGGUGGGCCUUCUUUUUUUUUUCUUUUUUUUUUUUUAAUAAAAGCUCAAGUUGGUAA